AUGCCUUCGGACACAUGCCCUGAACACCCCCAUGCACCUGUGCAGCUCAAGGUGCUGGAGCUCAACAACAACGAGCUCGCGGGUUCGAUUCCGGACGCCAUCGGCAAUCUGAAACUGCUGCAGGACGUGUCGCUGGCGGAGAAUCGCCUUACAGGCCGCGUGCCCCGAGGACUCGACUACCUGCGCGCCAGCCGCACCGCCCAUUACAACUUCUCCGCCAAUGGCGCCGGCUUCUGCGGAACCGGAUUCACCGGCCUAACGGCCUGUCCGGGCGAUCCGCCGUACGUCCCGCUGCCCAAGUUGCCGCCGAAAACCCCCACACCCAGGAUUCCCGUCACUCCCACACCCAAGCCCAAGACCCCCGUUACACCCACGCCCAGGAUUCCCGUUACACCCACGCCGCGGAUUCCCGUUGUACCCACGCCGCGGAUUCCCGUUGUACCCACUCCCAAGGUCGCUCCGAAGCCGCGGCUUCCAGUCACCCCCAGACUGCCACCCAACAACCCCACAGUGCCUGGAGUAUCCCCCUCCCCCACCACCAUACCUCCCCGCUCUGCCCAUCCCGCCCCGUCUAACUCCGCCACUCCCCUUCCGGGGAAUGCAUCUUCCCCCUCCCCGCCGUCCGCCUCGCCCGUUGACGAGUUCAUCCCGCUCAAGCUGGCCACUCCGCCGCCGUCGCCGCAACCCGCGACCGGCAGCACCGCGGCUGCUGCGGAUGGCACCAGCAGCAGUAGCAACAGCAGUGACAGCAGCGGCAGCAGCGGCGGCAGCAGCGGGGGGUUAACAACGCCUGUGUAUAUCGCGAUUGGAGCAGCUGCGGGGCUGGCGUGUAUCCUGUCGGUGCUGCUGGUGGUGUGGUGCUGCUGCUGCAAGGGCGAGCGCAAGGGCAAGACCGCCAAGGGCGCGGCGAAUGACGGACUCAAGGAACCCGCCCUGUCCGUCGCCGCGGGCGGCGCCUGGGCGGCAAAGAAGCAGAAGCAGACAAAUCGCUCUGGCGCCAAGCCGCCCUCCUCCGUCGCCGCGUCUGUCGGCUCCCCAGGAGCGCGCUCCUUGGCCGUCGAUGUCGAGAUGGGCGGCGAGAUGAACGGCUGUCUGCCGUCCUCGCGCGAUCGCGCUGUGUUCCCCGCUGCCGCCUCGCCGACAGGCGGCGCGUCGCGCUCGGCGGCUGUAGCAGGACCGGCUGUAGCGGGAGCCGCGGCGGCGACAGCGGGGGCUGCUGCUGUGGCGGCUACAGCCAGGCAAGCGUCGCGCGGACGAUCGGAGAGGAACGAGCGACAGGGUGGGACGCCGCCGAGGCGGUCGCCCAGACCUGCGGAGCAGCCCCGGAAACCGGCGGCUUGGGAGCAGCCUCAGGGGCAGGCUCGGGGGCCGGGGCAGAGCGGAUCGUUUGGCCGGCAGGAGGAUGAGUCAAGAAAAGGGAGCGAGAGGGGCAGCGCUGCUGGUGGUGCAGCUGGUGCUGCUUCUGGUGCUGCUUCUGUUGCAUAUUACGACAGUGCGUACUUGCCCCAGUCGAGUGACAAAGCGACGGCGUAUGGCAGUGCGAGCGCCGCGAGUGUGGUGCGCAGCAGCGCCAACACCCCCAGCCCUGUGAAGGCCCUCGGCGGGUGGGGUGCGCCGAGGGCUCAGCGCGCUGCAGUGGCUGACCCGGUUGCAGCGAGAGAGGCCGAGAGGGAGAGGGAGGGCGGGAGAGAGUGGGGUAAGGAGAGUGAGAGUGAGAGCGAGAGUGAGGGUAUGGGGGGGUCACACUCAGUGGUGUCGUCAGUGGUGAGUAGGGACAGAGGGUGGGACGAUGCCAGCAAGGGCGGCUCUCUCAUGGGCGCGACCGCCGCUCACGCCCACAACAGCAGUGGCGCGACUCGUGUGGCUGCACCUGCUGCGCCUUCUGCUGCCACGUCUGCUGCCACGUCGGCUGCCACGUCGGCUGCAAUGCCUGCUGCAAUGUCUGCUGCGUUUGCAGCAGCGACUGCAGCAGCGAGCAGGGGGCGAGUUGGGGGGCAGUCAGCAGCAGCGGCGUCGGAUACCACUGGUGCGUCUGCUGCAUCUGGUGCGAGCAGCGAUCGGGAUUCAGACACGGAGGAGAUCGAGAUGGAGGAGAGCGGCGGGUACGGGAGAGUGGCUGCAGCGCCGGAUGUUACCAGCGCUGCAGUAGUGGGUAAGGGGGUUCUAGGGGACAGCCUUCGCAAGCCAGGGGCAGGAGCGCCAAGGGCAGGUGCAUCUGGGGCAGGCGGAACUGGAGCAGGUGUAUCUGGGGUAGGUGGUGCUGCUGGGGCAGGCUCAUCUGGCGUGCGGGUGGGGGUGUACGGGCCUGCUGGGAGGUCGCUGCGAGUGACAGACCUGCACGCAGCAGAGGGGGAACGCGGGGAGGAGGAGGAGGAGGAGGAGAGCAGCGUUACGAGUGAGAGCAGUGAUAGCGAUUACCCCGCUGCUGCUAUCUCGCCCUCUCGUGCCGCUCCUGCUGGUGGUGCUGGCGCGGUCACUGGCAGAAGCAGUGGCAGGGGAGAGGGAUUGGAGGGAGAGAGGACGGAUGGAGACACGUCUGACACGUCAGCAGAUGGUGACGAGGCAGCAGGGCACGGAUUGGAGCGGUACUUCACGGUUGCUGAGCUGGCGCUGGCGACGAACGACUUCGGGCGGCAGAGUGAGCGCAGCGUGCUGGGCAGCGGGCGGCACGGCACUGUUUACCGCGCGCGGUUACCCGAGGGGACCACGGUGGCUGUGAAACGACUGAGCGACAAAAAUUUGGAGCAGUCACCCCGCGAGUUCAAGUUUGAAAUAGACUCCCUGGCGCAGGCCAAGCACCCGAACCUGGCGGCCGUAUUAGGGUGCUGCGUGGAGGGCGACGAGCGCAUGCUGCUGUACGAGUACCUGCCCAACGGGUCGCUGGACGCCUGGCUCUACCAGACCGCUGCUGGGGGGUCCGCGGAUACGCUGGACUGGCCCAUGCGCAUGCACGUGGCUAUUGGGUGUGCCAAAGGCUUGGCUCACCUGCAUGGCGGCAUGGCGGUGAAGGUGGUGCACAGGGACGUGAAGGCCAGCAACGUGCUGCUGGACGCGCAGUGGAAUGCCAAGCUGGGCGACUUUGCACUCGCCAAGGCCAUGGGGAGGGAGCAAGGGCACGUGGGCACGCGAGUCAUGGGCACGUUUGGGUACGUGGCACCAGAGUACAUGAACACAGGGCUGCUCACAGAACGCAGUGACGUGUACAGCUUUGGCGUGCUGCUGCUCGAACUCAUCUCCGGCCGCCCGCCCAUCGACAACGAGGCUCCCUCCGACCAGGUGGACUUGGUGCGGUGGGUGCGCGCCAAGGCAGCAGAGGAGCGCCUGUUAGAGGUGCUGGACCCGCGGCUGCAGGGCACGGUGCAGGCAGACGACGUGGAGUACGCGCUGGGCGUGGCGCUGCGAUGCGUGGAGCCCAAUGCACUUAAGCGCCCCAAGAUGCCGCAGAUCGUGCACAUGCUGGAGAGCGAGGACCCCAAGCAGAGGGACGACUGGGUGGCGAGGAGGCCCAGCCCAUCCAGUGCGCGCUCCCUCGCCUACCGCGACCCCUCCCCCCGCGCCGCCUUCCGCCACUGCGACUCCUCCCCCCGCACACACCCCCUGCGCGACUCCUCCCCCCACACCGCCAUCCGAGAGCCCUCCCCCCGCGCCCCCUACUUCCGCGACCCCAGCCCCCGCGCCUACCCCGCCGCUGCCUCUGUCCCCGGAAGGUCUGGUGGGUACGGCAGCGGUGGGGGAGGGGGCGGGGGUGGUGCUGCUUGGUCAGAUUCGAGUAGAGGGACGAGUCCCCGGAUAGGGGGGGCUGGGUCCGUGUCACAGAACAGUGCUUACUACGGCAUGCCAGGCUCGGCAAGGGCUCCUGAGCCUUACCGAGCCAGCAGCAGCAGCCCGAGGCAGUACGGGAUGCCAGGCUCGGCGAGGGCUGCCGAGCCGUAUCGAUGCAGCAGCAGCCCGAGGAUAGGCGGAUCGCCGAGCGUGAAUAAUAGCAACUAUCCGUCCCGCAAUGUGGCUAGCCCCACCGCUCCAGACAUUGGAGCCAUGAUUGCUUCUGCUGCCAUGCGGACAUCUAGCCCCCGCGCCCUGCAUUUCCAGGGUAGUAGCGGAAGUAGCCCCAGGGCCAUGUCACCCAGGGGCUACUCACCCCGGGCCUUUGGACCUCCAGGGGGUAUGACCGGAGGUUCCCCUGGGGUGGGAUCGAUGGGCAUGUCGCCACGCGUGGCGAGCCCGAGGCCAUCGAGUCCGCGCAUGCAGAAUGGUGGGGAUGCGGGGAGUGUGAUUGCCAGCCAUGCCAUGAGCAUGAGCACAUACAGGCGCCAGGGCUCCUGGAGUAGGAGAUGA